GAGCACCUGCCAGUCUUUAAGGGGGGAAAUCCCUGCGGGGAUUUUCCCACGGGUCAGUUUUUUAAUUUGUUAUUUUUUUCAAAUAAAAACGUUCAAAUUAGGGCAGAUGUUUGGACCUCUGGCUGACCCCCAGACGGACACCUGACACUCACCAUGACCCCCACUCCUCUGGCGGACCCCAGGAAGCCGAAAUGCUCCCGCUGCCGCUACCACGGCAUCGUUAUCCCGAAGAAGGGCCACGCUAAGUUCUGCCCUUUCCUUCGGUGUGUGUGCUGGAAGUGUAGCCUCAUCACCGAGCGGACACGGGUCACGAGGGUCCAGAGAAACCUGACGAGAGUCCCAAACACCGGGACCGCCAAGCAGGGACCGGGAUCCGGAGGGGCGAAACCAGCGGCUGCAGAGACCUCCAGCGCUCGUCCGCCUGGAGACGCUGAUCCCGGGGACACAUCUGGACCGGUUUGUCCGCCAGGAGAGACCCCGGAGCUUCCCGCCCCCGUCGUUAGGAGCCCAGUGGAUCUCCGGAGCCGCCGGCCCGACCCGGGUGGAGAGCCGGGGACCGGCCUGGAGAGCAGAGAUGAUCCGCCUGGAGCCUCCAAUUCUGAACGUUUUAGUGAGCUAGGACCGGCGUUUCCUCUGCCUCUUCAUGUUCCAUUCCCAAUGUCGGGUUAUUGCCACACCAGCUACCCUCCUCCGCCUCACGUCCUGCUCCACCUUCCAUAUCUGCCCCCUGUUCCUGCGGGGCUCUAUGACGGCCUCUGUGGACCCCUGAUGUUUCCUCCGCUCCAGCAGGGGGCGCUGCAGUAUCUCCCUCCACCUGAGACGACGCCUCCAGCUGACUGCAGACCGGUCUUCUUCACCCAUCAGCCUCCUCUUCCUCCUCCGGACAGCAUCCCAGGAGGAGCUGCACCUUCUGACUCCUCUGGCCACAAACACUGAGCCGGAAGAUGGAGACGAUGGAGUCUUAUUUUCUGUUUUCCCCGGUCAAAUCGUUGAUUUGAACAUGUUCUGAACGCUGUUUCUCGUUCAAAGCUUCAGAUGUUGAUAAAGUUCAUCUUAUCUGCAUCUAAUUUGUUAAUAAACCCAAAUGUUCGGAAGCAUUAUACCUGUGGCUGUUAAUGCAAUAAGAGAGUGGGCUUAUUUACAGAAAAACUUCAUUUUAAACUUGUUACCCCCCCCCCAAAAAAAGAGAAUGUGAAUGCAGCUGCUGGAUAAAUCUUUUACAAAUUACAGAUUAAAAAGUUGUUAACUCAGCGUUUAUGUUCAGGAUGACUAAAGUUACGUAGCAUCUGAAGUCUUUUUCUGGCCCUUUAAUAAAAGGUCAAAA